AUGUCUAAGUGUGUGUUCUGUGUGUGUUCCUGCAGCCGCCCACAGAGGGAGGCUCCGGGUCCUGAGGAGGAGGAGGAGGCUGGAGCUGAGGAGGCGAGUCCAGACCGAGUCCAGACCGAGCCCAGACCGAGCCCAGACCGCCCAGACCUUAGACCAGCUCAGUCCUCUGCUCUGACUACUACAGACCUGAAGAUGAGGCUGUGGAUCGUCCUGCUCGUGUGUGUGGCCUCUCAGGCUCUGGCUGCUCCGAUGGAAGAGGAGCUGAUCAUGGAGGAGCCAGUCCCAGAGGAGGCGGCCCCAGAGGAGGUCCUGCUGGAGGAGCCGGAGGUGGGAGUGAACCCGGUGCAGGUGGAGGUCGGGGAGUUCGACGAAGCCAUCGACCCCGAGGAGGAGACGCUGGAGGAGGUGCUGCAGAGCGACCCGUGUCUGAGCCAUCACUGUAAGAAGGGCAAAGUGUGUGAGCUGGACGAUGCUAACACCCCCAUGUGCGUGUGCCAGGACCCCAGCAGCUGCGCCCCCGCCGAGGCCGAGUUCGAGCAUGUUUGUGGAACUGACAAUAAGACCUACGACACUCUCUGCAACUUCUUCGCCACCAAGUGCACUCUGGAGGGAACCAAGAAGGGCCACAAGCUGCACCUGGACUACAUCGGCCCCUGCAAAUACAUCGAGGCGUGCGUGGACACAGAGCUGAAGGAGUUUCCUCUGAGGAUGAGGGACUGGCUCAAGAACGUUCUGGUGACUCUGUACGAGAGGGACGAGGAGAACAACCUGCUCACCGAGAAGCAGAAGCUCAGGGUGAAGAAGAUCUACGAUAAUGAGAAGCGUCUUCAGGCUGGAGACCACUCCUUGGACCUUCUCGCCCACGACUUCGAGAAGAACUACAACAUGUUCAUCUUCCCCGUGCACUGGCAGUUUGGGCAGUUGGACCAGCACCCCAGCGACGGGGUGGCCGCUGCUCUCGGACUCAAAGACCAGGACGUGGACAAAGACCUCAUCGUCUAA